AUGACAAUGUUCUCGAAACGCGCCAUAUCAUCGCUGAGCUCUUCGGAGCGACAGCUGGUGCGAGCUCAAGGGUUGCAAAGCGGACAAUGCGCUCGCUGCUUCCACGCCUCGAUGCGACAACGCACAGGCAAUGCAUCACGAUCUGGAGAUGGCAGCAGCAGUCCUGCUAUCGCUGAGCAGGCUGCACCACCUGAUUCAUUAAACCCACCCAAACAACCCCCCUCCCGCAGAGAACGCUCCGCCCGAAUCUCCAACGAAGUCUCGAUGCUACAGAAAGGACCUCCUCCCUCAGGCGACGCUACAGGCCCAGGCAGCGUCACAGGAGCAUACCACGCGCCACCUCAAGCCCCAACGAAGAGCGCCGGCUUCCUCGAGACUCCUGAUGAUUUGGCUGCGGACAGCCCGAGAAUGGGCGAUAACGUAUCCGCAGGACGAGAAGGACCCAAUGCACAAGGCGUCGGACGACCUGUGAGAUAUGAAGAUAGAAGAGAUGCGCCGCAGGAUACGACGAUGGAAGCUAGAGGUGCUAGGGGAUCUGGACAGGUGGAAGAGCCAGCGGAGGGAGGGGCGAGUGUACUCGGCGGAAGUAAUGCUGAGGGCGCGCAUCAUCAGGAGUGGAUUGAGAGGUCUGGGAGGGAAGAUGGAGGCACUACUGAUGCCGCUCCCGCGAAGUUCGAGCCUGCCGCCUCUCACCUGAACCAUACCCUCUCCACCACCCGCCUCAAGAAAGACCUCGUCACCGGCUCCCGCACCUACACCAUCGCCGGCAGCAAUACCCGCGCCUUCAUCGGUACCAUGCGUAACCGCAUCGCCUCCAUCAACUACCCUGCCUCCCCCUCAGCGGAACCUAAUCAAGAUCGUUUCGAUGAGAUGAUGGGCUCCACGAGAGGAUCUUUGGUCAAAAAGCUUGUAGCGGGACGAUACGAUCGAAAGGAUUGGUUGGGUGGAGAUAAGUUCAAGAAUAGGACGUUGAAUGAUGUGGCGAGGAAUGUGAUGCUGAAUGGAACGUAUUUGGAGAAGGAUGGGGAAAGAUUGUUGAAGAAGGUACGGAGUUUGUUGCCUGCUGCGCCGAUUGCGCAAAGGCAGCAGAAGGUGGCGGCAAAGGCGUAA